AGUACAGUGCUCUGCACACAAAAUUUCUAGAUAGCCCCAUUUCUUGAGGAAUUCCAGCCAUGCCACAGUUUGCUGAGGCAGUUUGGCUCCUGCACGUACCCAGGAGUGAGAUGACUUUGGGCCCCGUGGCCUCCGAGUUUCGCUUUUCCGCAACGGGGCAGGCGUUGCUCUACGAUUACGGUAUGCCAGCGAAGAACGCUCCUUCAGGAAGAUUCAGCUCCCGGGAGACUUUAUAAGGGGUCAGCCCCGUGGACGGGCAUUUUUACCUGCUUCCCCGCCAGCCGCGGAGAAUGGAGCCUCCGAACUCAUCUUCCCAGCAACCCACUGUCUGUGCCCAUCCCCAGACUGAAUGCAGAGCGGCACCAAAAGGAAAUCAGCCGAAGCCAACCGAGCUCCCUGUGGGAAAGGAGGCCCCCAGGAUCGGCCGGCCCACCCAGAAGAAUCCAGAGUCUCUUUUCAGUGCCAUCUUAAGGUUUCCGACCGAGGAGCUAAAGAACAACGCAAAGAUCCAGUCUAUCACCCCAAAGCCGCCCCGGAAGCCGAAGCUCGAGCGGACGGCUUCCCUAGACGAGAGGGGUUGGAGGGGAAGGCAUUUUCGAACCAGCCAAGAGGGCUGGACGGACCCGAACGAGACAGGGUCAUCGAAUGGUUCUCUGCAGGAGGGGAUCCCCAGCCCCCCGCCCGUAGGUAAAGCAGCCCAUCCCGCCAGCCCCCUGCCCCGCGGCCUGAACCACUUGCAGAGCACAUCCUUGCAAGACAUCCCCGAGCCGGGGGGCUUGCGAAACAGUUCCGACCCCUCUUCGCGCCUGGAAAAGCAUCGGGCUCUGGUGCCCAGUGCCUCCCUGGAGCUCCUCCCCGGGAUCCCGGGAUUGGGAAGCAAACUUCGACUGUCCAAAGUAGUGCCCUUGCGAGCCCUUCCCCCCGUGGAGCUGAACGUGGCAUCUCACUCCCUGAGGACGGCUAAUCGGAUCGACUCGGACUGUGCGGAUUACAGGCAUCAGGCUCGGAAGAAACUGGUCCGGACCAACAGCGCCCUGAGCGAUUCCAGGCUGUCCGGCAGCAUGGUCUGUGACGACGGCUCCACGGCCUCCAUGAAGUCUACGUUUAGCCUACUGACGCCCAUCCGCUCCAAGGAUGUGCGAAGCAGGAGCUACUUGGAAGGAAGCCUCUUAGCCAAUGGUGCCUUGUUGGGAGCGGAAGAACUGGUUCGCUAUUUCCCAGAUCGGAACAUUGGCCUUUUCGUGGCCACCUGGAAUAUGCAAGGCCAGAAGGAACUUCCUGAAAACCUGGAUGAUUUCUUGUUGCCUUCUGAGACUGACUAUGCCCAGGAUAUGUACAUCAUUGGAGUGCAAGAAGGCUGCUCGGACAGGCGGGAAUGGGAGAUCCGUCUCCAGGAAACCCUGGGACCCCAUUAUGUAAUGUUGUAUUCAGCCGCCCAUGGUGUGCUCUACAUGUCGGUAUUUAUAAGGAGGGACCUCAUCUGGUUCUGUUCAGAAGUGGAAUAUGCAACAGUGACAACCCGAAUUGUGUCUCAGAUCAAAACCAAAGGGGCACUGGGGAUCGGCUUCACUUUUUUCGGCACCUCCUUCCUCUUCAUCACGUCUCACUUCACCUCUGGAGAUGGGAAAGUGUCUGAGAGGAUGGUAGACUAUAAUAAAACGAUUCAAGCACUUGCGCUUCCCAGGAAUGUUCCAGAUACCAACCCGUAUCGAUCCAGUUCUUCGGAUGUCACGACUCGAUUCGAUGAAGUGUUCUGGUUUGGAGAUUUCAAUUUCCGACUGAAUGGCGGACGGGUGGCUGUGGAGUCCAUUUUGAAGCAAAAUUUGGAAACGGACAUGUCUGAGCUACUUCAGCGUGACCAGCUAAUUAAAGAAAUGAACAAAGGAUCAAUUUUCAAGGGAUUCAAAGAAGCAGAGAUUCACUUCCUCCCUUCGUACAAGUUUGACGUUGGACGGGACAGCUAUGAUACCACUUCCAAGCAGAGGACUCCUUCAUACACGGAUCGUGUUGUCUACAGGAGCCGUGUCAAAGAUGACAUUUCCCCGGUGAAGUAUUCAUCCUGCCCCGGGAUCAAGACCUCUGACCACCGACCGGUGUUCGGCCUGUUCCGGGUGAAAGUGAAACCCGGGAGAGACAACAUCCCUCUAGCUGCUGGGAAGUUUGACCGAGACCUGUAUUUAAUAGGAAUUAAGAGACGCAUUUCAAGGGAACUUCAGCGGCGCCAAGCCAUAAAGGAUCAGAAAUCCAGUGCCAUCUGUUCUGUUUCUUAAAGGUGUCCUGCCUAGCAAGAAUCGGACAAACCAGAAAGCACUUCAUGUAGGAAUCCAUGUUACAAAAAGGGGACGGGUUUCCUGUUGUGAUUCUGCUGCUAUUCAUUCCUGGACUAGAAGAAUGACUUACAAGCCAUCCUGACUGUUGAAAUGAACAAUUAUUGAAACUACUCGUAUGAAAUGUAAAAUAUUAGUGCCCCAGGGCUAUAGCUAGGAACGGAAACAUCCAAUUCUGACAUUUCACACUCCUUGUGAGUAAAUAAACCUUGAAUUCAUUUGCAAUUCUUUUAUUCCAGCCAGGGCAACCUGCCCUUAUUGACUUUUCAGAUAAAUCUGGCCUUUGCCAAGGCAAGCAAGGUAUUCUGUUGUUGUAUCAUUGGUGUAUUAGUACAAUCAUUGACACUCACCAGUUGCAAAUAUUGGAACCCAGUUUCAUCCCAAGGAUCUAAAAUGCCCUAAGCAAUAGUCCCCUAAAAUUUCCUGCAAAGAAUCCUUUUGGUAUCCAAAUCGAUUUCAUCUUUUCCCUCAGCCUCUGCCUCCUAAUCCUCAGCAUAGUAGCAGCUGUCCAUUCCUCAUCUGGCCAUCUUAAUUAAGAACCACCAAGUCCUACUUGUUUCUGUGUUUUGACUCCUUACACAUUCCCCCACCUCUGUUGGUACACUCAGCUCUGCCAUAAAAAGUGUAUUUUCAGCAGGCGUUUUUGCCGGAAGACAGAGAACGUCCUUUCGACGACGUAAGCCUGGCUGGACGUGCCAAGGUACGGAAGAAGCUGUGAGCGUACCACGGCGUGACUUUAUCUCAAUGCAAAAAUCCGUAAGAAUGAAACCCUUGUUUUAGAAAACUGGAUAUACUUCCACGAGAAAUGGAACCCAGAAAGGUGGCACCCUGCUUCCUAUCAGUCAGUCGUUGCAUCGAUGGUAUUUAUUAAGCACUUUCCAUGUGCAGAGCACUGUAGUAACUGCUUGGGAGAGUACAGUUUAACAGUCCCUAUCCACAACGAGUUUGGUUUAGAGAUGAGCGUCUUACCAUUGCUAGGGCAGUGCAAGUGGGGAGAUAAUUUAAGGGAGGGACCCAAUGCCUAUUUUCGGUACCGAUUCCCUGGCUGCAGGGAGCAGGAUCCACUCUGGUGCCGGCCUUUGGGACUCCAAAGAAGUCUCCGUUUGGCCUGGAGUCAUCCCUGCUAGCAGGGGAGCAGUCCUGGAUCCUUCUUCAUUUAAGCAGCGUCCGAUUUGAUCCUUGGACCCUCCUGAUCCGGCCCCCAAACUGGCACCGGGAGAUGGAGGACAAGCUCCUUGUGAGCACAGAACGUGUCUGCUUAUCGUUACAUUGUACUCUCCCAAACGCUUAGUACGGUGCUUUGUACACAGUGCUCAAUAAAUAGGAUUGAGUGAAUGAAUCCACUAAACAGCUAAUCAUCUGGUUGUAUCCCUUGUCGACCCACUUAAUAUCAGCACUACAGGAGCCCGUUGGUCCCAUGAUUUUCCCAGACCACGUCAAGCUCAGUUUGACAAGUCCCACAUGGGGCUCACAGUCUUAAUCCCCAUUUUACAGAUGAGAUUUUUAGAAAUAUCGUGCUAAAGGUUUGGGGGGGAAAGCACAUUUUCUAAGGGCUAAAUCUGAAGCUGGUUCAACGACAUGGUUUGUUCAGGCCAUUUGUCCUAAACAUGUUGGGCAGAAGGUAGAAAACUGUUCAUUGUCUUUCCAGUAGACAAAGGUAAAUGGGUUGCAUUGCGGGAUUGUCAUCCUUUUAUGUUCAACCUUAGGGAUCAACUGGAAUUAGUCUGACUUUAAGUUUCUACACAUCCCUACUACUGUAUUGUGCAUGUUCCAUUCCACGAGAAUGUAUCCUCUGAAUAUGCAGAAAUCACGGUGCAUUCAAUCCGGUAUCCUAAAUUAUUUAU